AUGACUAGUAAGAUCUUAAUCCGCUACUAUGUUUUGCAUUGCCGAACAGAAGCACUGAAUUUGGGUCUCAGUGGCAGCGAUACUACAACCUUGACAUCGUCAAUCUUCAAUUACCGUUGGGAAAAUGGUCGUCGCUAUCACGCAUUUCGCGAUGGCGAGUACUGGUGCCCAAACGACGAAGGCGCGAAUGAACAACUCGACAUUGGCCACCACAUCUAUCUAAUGCUGCUUGACAACAAAUUGUUCCUCGCUCCUAUCACGCCCGUACCGCAGAAAGUGCUAGAUGUCGGCACCGGCACGGGCAUCUGGGCCAUCGACUUCGCCGACCAGUACCCCUCCGCUCAAGUGAUUGGCACCGACCUUUCGCCCAUUCAACCCAUCAAUGUCCCACCCAACGUCCAAUUCGAGAUCGAUGACGCCGCUUCCGAAUGGACUUUCCCCAAAGAAUCUUUCGACUUCAUCCAUGUCCGCGGCCUCUUUGGUAGCAUCCGUGAUUGGCCCGCUUUCUACCGCCGGGUGCUUGCGCACCUCAAACCCGGCGCAUAUUUCGAACAGCUCGAGUGCUCCUGCUACUGUCACGCCGAUGAUGACACGACUCCUCCUGGCUCCCCACUUGUGCGCUGGGGCGAGCUCUUCACCGAAGCUGGCAUCAGGACAGGUAAAACGGUCAACGUGAUUGAUUAUCAGUAUCAGUGGCUGAAGGAAGCGGGUUUUGAAGAUGUGAAAGAAUACCGCUUCAAGAUGCCGGACGGACCAUGGCCGUCGGCGAGGACGGAGGAGGGGAAGAAGCUAAAACUUAUUGGCCAGUGGAGACUAUUGGAGGUGGAAACAGGUAUGGAAGGGUGGGCACUGGCUCUGUUCACAAGGGUGCUCGGUAUGUCUUAUGAGGAGGUGCAGGUAUUUUUGGCGGAGAUGAGGAAGGCUUGGAGGGAUAAGCGCGUGCAUGGGUACACCCGGGUGGGUGUGGUUUACGGCAGGAAGCCGAUAAGGUAA